AUGGCGGCCGCGCCCCGCCUCCGGAGCGGCAGGCCCCGGGAUGUGGCGGGGCGGAGCCGGCAGCACGUCUUUUUGGUUUCUUUUCACCGUGGUCUGAGCACCACUUGCCCGAGAAGAUGCAGCUGUGACUCUGCCCAGUCAGUGCAAUGCUACAGAGCUACAGAGAUCCCCCGAGAGAUUCCUUCCACUACCAGGAGGCUCUACAUCAGCCACAGCAAAAUUAAACAACUCCAGAUUACUGACUUCAGAAGAAUGCCGGCCCUUGAAGAGCUGGUCCUGUCGUGCAGUGGCACAGAAUCGAUAGAAAACAACACUUUCAAAGCCCUGAACACUUUGAAGUCCCUGGAACUCUACAAAAAUCAGCUAAAGCAAAUACCCACCUUCCUCCCAUCUGGCCUUGAGAUUCUAAAACUCGCUGAUAAUUCCAUCACCACUUUGCAUGCAUCUGAUUUUGAAGGUUUGAUGAAACUAAGGGUGCUUGAUAUCCGGAACAACCUGAUUGCGACUCUGCCUUUGAGUGCAUUUUCUUCCCUCUGCAAUUUACAGAGUCUGAUUCUGGAUGGCAACAACAUGGAAUCUGUGUCUGCACCACUCAAGCUUCCUAGGCUGCAGUAUCUGAGCAUGGCUGAUAAUAAACUAAACUCUUUCCCACCCAGCUUUUUUGCAUCUUUCCAAAAUCUACAGUUUCUCAGUUUAAGUGGCAACUUCCUCACAAAAGUGCCUCUUGACCUACCUAAAUCCUUGCUGUCACUAAAAUUAGAGAAAAACCGGCUCAAAACAGUACGACUUCGAGACAUGAAACACCUAGAAAAACUGUCUGAGUUCUUCCUUUCAGAAAAUCAACUUACAUCAGUGGAUGGUGCCCAGCUUCUUCCUAACUUAACAACGCUGGAGCUGUCUAAGAACCAGCUCCAGGCUUUGCCACCCAGGCUGCCAGGCAGGCUGCAGAAACUUGACUGCAGCAAUAACCUGAUUCAGAGGGUGACAGCGCAGGACUUCCAGGGACUACAAGACCUCAAACACUUGUUUCUUGACAACAAUGCUGUCAGCACGUUUGAGGCAGGAGCUCUUCAGCAGUGUGCACAGCUUUCUAACCUGGCACUGGAACAGAAUCUCCUGAUUUCUAUCCCACUGAGACUUCCAGAUACCCUUGCUAGAUUGGAUCUAAAGGGAAAUGAUAUAGAGGACGUUGGAGAACAAGAACUGAAAGACUUGAAACAGCUUCAGGUUUUAAAUUUACGGAACAACAAGAUAUCUGCCUUGGAUCGCAAAGUCUUAGAGUAUUUACCUCGCCUCCGGCAUCUCUAUUUAGACGGAAACCCUUGGAAUUGCACCUGUGACCUUCUCAGAACCAGAAGAGUGCUGAUGGCCAAAGGAACGGAUGUCAGGGGAGGGCAGUGUGCGGCACCAGCAGAAAGCCGGGGAGAAAGCUGGAUGUCUUCCAAAAAGAUUCUGCAGCACUGCGAAGAUAAUCUGUCUUCCAUGGAAAAAGGCAAAGAGGACAGAAAGAAAAUGAAACUCAAUGAGGCUGCCAGCGUCGCAGUAAACACAGAUGAUGAUUACUAUGAUUAUGAACUAGAUUAACCCCACGGUUAGUCUAUGGUGAAUCUGAAAGCUGUCUAGAGCUGCCCACCACCAUCAGUAUAACUACUGACAACCAGCCUGCUGGGCUGCCAUUAAAUUUUCCUCUUUAAUUCAUACUAUAAAUGUUAAUAGCUGGUGACAGAAGGGCUAUAAUAACGAUGCCAUUGUAAACUGAAAAUUGUAAAAGAAUUGGCUGUUUUUCAAUGCCAUUAGUACUAUGUAGCUUGAGGGAAAUAAGAAUACAAUAACAAUCUCUUAGAAAAGCACUCUAACUCUGUAUGGACCUUUUUAUAGUAGAGCAUUCUUAGAGUUGC